AUGUUUGCUCCUUCGGCGGUUUAUACCUAUGGACAUCAUGGAUCUGGAACAGAUGAAGAUGAUGGUCAACCGGUAAUGCAAGGAAUGGACAGCGGGGAUGGUCAGUGUAUGGUAUGUGGAGACAGGUCAGCAGGCAAACAUUAUGGAGUCAUGGCGUGUUAUGGUUGCAAAGGAUUCUUCCGGCGUACGAUUCGAUCCCAACAGACCUAUACUUGUCGAUUCGCUCAGAAGUGUUCGAUAGACAAAGAUCAGAGAAACGCAUGCAGAUACUGUAGGUUUCAACGAUGUCUGACUGUUGGCAUGGAGCCGGAAGCGAUUCGACCGGAUCGUGACGUCAUCGGCAAACAGAAGAAUCCAAGGAAGAAGAAGAUGAAGGCGGAAAGUAGUAAUGAGACAUCUCUACCCUCUCCGAAUGGUUGUGAUUCUCCUGUUUCGGCGGCGAAUGAAGAUGUGAAUAUUCUAACGUUUUUAUUGGAUGUGGAAGAGCAAGCAACUUGUGGAAACAAUCAUAUGUCAAUGCCGAUCGGGAUUUCAAUGAUGAUGAAGACUGAUCCGGAUUUCGAUGUGUCGACGCUGUUUCACAGUCAAUAUGUCAGGAAUCAGGAGAGUUUUCCGAUAACGUACGCCAUCGGUCGAACCGCUUCCGUAGAACAACUCAUCGCCGCCCUCCGCCGAUACGUUCUUUCAGCUGUCCACUGGAUUGAUGCAAUAUUCAACUUGGCCCAUUUAACGGAGAUGCAUGAUAAGACAAAACUGCUAAAAUCAAUAAUCGGACCAUUCACAAUUUUUAACAUCGCAGCUAGAACUGCCCAAAUAUCCGAAGGAGACCUGAUAUGUCUUUGUAAUAAAAGUACGAUCAGUCGACAACCGGCACGACAUUUAUUAGAUACUAAUCUGGUCGGAAAUAAUUUCGUGGGACGGGUAAUUGACGAUCUAAUGGUUCCAACGCGGAAACUUCGCCUCACAAAUCCUGAAAUCACAAUUCUAUCAGCCCUGAUAAUUCUGGAUCCAGAUGCACGUGGAUUAAGUACGGACACCUCGUUGGCACUACUCGGAGUCAGGGAUCGAGUACAAAAUGCACUAUUUAAUCUAAUCAGAGACAACUCCAGCAACAUGACCUCUGUAACCAGCAGAUUCGGCAAUCUCCUUCUCCUCUUCCCUCCAUUAGCGAAGCUCAGCUCACUAAUCGGAGAAAAUGUGCAACUCGCAAAAAUGUUCGGUAUCCCAAUCGACUCGUUGCUUGUUGAACUUUAUGUGGAUGCUGAUUCACCAGAGCUCAUCUCCCAAAACUCGCAUCACCGAGAACGUAUGGAUGUAUCUACACAAACUGCUUCUAUGGAAGGAAGCUCUGCAGCGAUGACACCCGAUCAAAGCGGUGAUUACAUUAAGGAAGAAAUGAGCAAUGAUAGUCCAUCGAGUUCUGAAGAGCCAAUGUGUAUCGGAGCACCCUCUUCCGCUUCCACUGUAACAGCAGCCACAAAUCUAGCAGCAGAUCUUCUAGGACUGCUACCAAAUUUCGAUGCGACGGGGCUGGAAUUGGCGACUGCGGCCGCUGCGGCUGCAUCAGCGAGCUACACAACAUUCUAUGGAUUCGGGAAUCUGGGAGGAUCCCUGGAUGAUUCCUCGUCGUCUGGCACUGGAUCAGUGGGAAGUUUCGCGCCGCACUCUGCACCGCCGAUAUCAAACAACAUAAAUCCAUUUGCCACCCACGGAUUCUUUGAAACAAGUGCGCCGAAUACUGGAAUUGUUCACAAUCAACCGUUUCGAUUCGUUUAG